AUGGCCCACGGUUCAAUCGUAGAAGAUUAUUCCUCGGGCCAGGACCCUGACCCGUCGACAACAUUCCGGCUGUCAUCGAAAAUCCAGCGCGAAAUCGACGAAAACGAAAUCUCUCGCCCCAAAGGCUACACGGUGUCAUGGCACCACAACCCUGCUGUCGAAAACCACCACUUCGGCCAAACCCACCCCAUGAAGCCCUGGCGCUUGACGCUGACCAAAUCCCUUGUGCUGUCAUACGGCAUGCACACCGCCAUGGACACGUACAUCUCGCGCCCAGCGUCGAGGGAUGAGAUCGCCGAAUUUCAUAAGGAUGAAUACGUCGAGUUCCUCAAUGUCGUGACCCCGCAAAAUAUCUACGAAAUGUAUCCCGAGCUCGCGACCGGCCCGCAGGGGUACACGUCCUCCAUAUUCGGCGUGGGCGAAGACUGCCCCAUCUUCGACGGCCUGUACGACUUCUGCUCGAAUUACGCGGGUGCGUCCAUCGAUGCGGCGCGCAAACUAGUCAACCACCAAUCCGACAUUGCCAUCAACUGGAGUGGCGGGCUGCAUCACGCCAAGAAAGCCGAAGCCUCAGGCUUCUGCUACGUCAACGACAUUGUCCUCGCCAUCCUGCAGCUCCUGCGCUACCACCCGCGGGUCUUGUAUAUCGACAUCGACGUGCACCAUGGCGACGGAGUCGAGCAGGCAUUCUGGUCCACCGACCGGGUCAUGUGCGUGUCGUUCCACAAAUACGACAAGGAGGUUUUCUUUCCCGGCACAGGGCCCUUGGACUCCACCGGUCCCUUACAUCCCGACAACCCUGGGAAGAACUACACCAUCAACGUGCCGCUGAACGACGGGAUAGACGACGAAGGCUACGCGUAUCUGUUCCAGAAUGUGAUCGAGCCCACCAUCAAAGUCUACCGCCCUACGGCGAUCGUCCUGCAGUGCGGGGCCGACAGCCUGGGCCACGAUCGACUGGGCUGCUUCAACCUCAACAUCCGCGGCCAUGGCAACUGCGUGAGUUUCGUCAAGAGCUUCCACAUCCCCAUGCUCGUCGUUGGGGGUGGUGGCUACACACCGCGCAAUGUCGCACGCGCAUGGGCCCAUGAGACCUCCAUCCUGAUCGGCGCCGACAAAACCCUGAACCCAGCUCUGCCCGAGCACAUGCCGUACCGCGAAGCCUUCCGCCGUGAAGGCCUCACCUUAUUCCCUAACCUCAGCGGCUGGAGGAAGGAGAACAUGAAUACAAGGGCUGACAUUGAACGCAUCAUCCGCCAUGUGCGCGAGCAGCUGAGUUACAUCCGGGGCGCCCCAUCUGUGCAGAUGCGCUAUAUCCCGCCUGAUAUCCAGGGGUGGAGGGCCGAGGUCGAGGAAGAACUGAAGGCGAACCGUCUGGAGAGGGAUGAAGUCAAGGAGGAGAGAGAUGGCGCUGGAGGUCUCCUGGCCAAGGCCAGUCGAAGAAGGGAGCUGGAACGCAACGGAUUUGUGGGUGGCAACGCCAGGCUAGGCGAUCUCAUGGCUUAA